ACUACAGCAAUUUCUUGCCAUAUCUUUGUAUCAGCGUCCGCUUGUGCUCGCCGUCAACCAAACAGUUUUAAUUUUCUAUUCGAAGUGUACGCUUUGUGCCGCGGUGCAACGGCGUAAUUAUCACACAGUGUGAAUUGUGUUCAAGUGGACAGACAAAAGCGGUGUUGGAUCUGCAUAGGGUCAAGCCAAAAUAAUAAUAAUAAAUAACAACAAAGAUAACGAGCAGGGCAAGCACACGACUCAGACAGUGGGACAGUGAGACAGUGAGACAGCGAGACAUUUCGCCACCACCCGUCCCAUCCGACGUAUGAAAUGCAAGUGUGCAAAUGUUUAUUGGUAAACAAUCAACAAACAAAAGUUUUUAAGUAUAAUUUUCAGUGAUUAUCAAUGCAAUAAUCUAAACAAAAAUCCAUUAGUGCCGAAACGAUAAAUAACGCAACAAAAAAAAAAAAAAGAAAAAAGAGAGAAAAAAGAGAAACAUGAAAAUCUCAUGAAAUAAACAGAUUUUGUGCUGUGACAAUUGAGAAAAUGCAGGAAACAAUUUGAAAUGAUUUGAUAUCGGAGCAAAUUCUGUAGUGACUCUGUAUAAAAAGCUGUGUUAUGCGCGUGGAAACUGAUUUCCGAAAUUUACUACUACUGAUCGUCACUGCCACAAACACAACGAGCACUCGGCCUAGCCACAGAGCAACGUCAAUGAGUUGUGUGAAAGUAUAAUUGGGUUGAGAAGGAAAAAGCAGAAAAGAUUGCAAAAAAAAAAAAGUAACAAAAAAUAACAAACAAAACGCAAACCGCAAUAACAAACGAAUACUGAAAUUCACGAAACGAGAAAAGAAAAUAUUACCGUUACGCGCGUACAGUUUACUGCCUUUUUUUUCGUAAACUUGCAACAUUCCCGUAUUAACCUUACCUUAGAACAAUUCAAAUACUAACAUAAGUUGUCCGCGUAAACCGUCAAAAUGUUUGAUGUAUUCGGCUCUGUUAAGGGGCUGCUGAAGAUCGAUCAGGUCUGUAUCGAUAACAAUGUCUUCCGCUUGCAUUACAAAGCGACGGUGAUCAUAUUGGUCGCCUUUUCGCUGCUCGUGACCUCGCGUCAGUAUAUUGGUGAUCCCAUCGAUUGUAUUGUCGAUGAGAUACCGCUUGGUGUUAUGGAUACCUAUUGCUGGAUAUACUCUACAUUUACCGUACCGGAACGUUUGACUGGUAUUACCGGUCGUGAUGUUGUACAACCUGGCGUCGGUUCGCAUAUAGAAGGCGAGGAUGAAGUUAAGUAUCAUAAAUACUAUCAGUGGGUUUGCUUCGUACUCUUCUUCCAAGCCAUUAUGUUCUACGUGCCACGUUAUCUCUGGAAAUCCUGGGAAGGUGGUCGCCUAAAGAUGCUUGUCAUGGAUCUCAAUAGUCCGAUUGUGAAUGAUGAAUGUAAGAAUGAUCGUAAGAAAAUAUUGGUGGAGUAUUUUAUCAACAAUUUGAGUCGUCACAACUUCUAUGCAUUCCGUUUCUUCGUUUGUGAGGCUUUGAAUUUCAUCAAUGUUAUCGGUCAGAUAUUCUUUGUGGACUUCUUUUUGGAUGGUGAAUUCUCCACAUACGGCAGUGAUGUAUUGAAAUUCACCGAAAUGGAACCCGACGAACGUAUCGAUCCAAUGGCGCGUGUCUUUCCCAAAGUCACCAAAUGUACAUUCCACAAAUACGGUCCAUCCGGUUCGGUGCAAAAGUUCGAUGGGCUCUGUGUGUUGCCAUUGAAUAUUGUCAAUGAGAAAAUCUAUGUAUUCCUAUGGUUCUGGUUCAUCAUUUUGAGUAUAUUAUCUGGUAUUUCAUUGGUUUAUCGUAUGGCUGUUAUAAUUGGUCCAAAACUACGUCAUCUGCUCUUGCGUGCCCGUUCCCGUUUGGCUGAGAGUGAUGAGGUCGAGACGGUGGCAAACAAAUGUAAUAUUGGUGAUUGGUUCCUACUGUAUCAGUUGGGUAAAAAUAUCGAUCCAUUGAUCUAUAAAGAAGUGAUAUCGGAUUUGGCGACUGCUGUGGGCGAUAAUGAGAGUAGCAAGCAACCAUUCGAUGCUUAGAUACUGAUGGCCGGCAAUGGCCCCUUCUUUUGUGCGAAUAGCAACUUGAGUGCCACUGAAUACUAAAAUAAGAUGCUUCAACAACCUCCAGCACCAUAUACAUAAAUACAUACAUACAAUAUAAGCCACACGUCAAAUACAUAUCUACAAACAUUUAUAUACAAAAAAAAUGUUACACAAACGCACACAAAAGUAAUAAUACACACAUACAAAAACGAUAAACACCUACACACGCGUACACAAAAUUCUCAAUCAUUUGUAUACAGACACAUAUGCAUACAAGUACAUGAGAUGAGAUUCCUUUGCGAGCCAGCCAUACUAUGUAUAUCAGUGUGUUACAGCGGCGAUCUCCAUGCAAUUUUUUUUUCUUCAAAUGGCAAAUUGUUUUUUAAUCAGGAAAAAAUUGUAAAAUUUGCCAGUAAAGAGGCAUGUUGUGACACACCUAAGGAAAAGUGCUUGAAAAAUUGUUUAAAUAAGUUCGAUUCAAAAAAAAAAAAAAAUUAUAAAUAAAAAAUGAGACACAUUUAAGAAACCGCAUAAUAGCAUGUAUGUAUACAAAUGUUUUAUCUAAAAGCUAAGCAAUAACUAUAGACAAAUAAUGUAAAACUAAACAGAAAAAAAAAACAAAAAAAGCAAAGUCUACAAAAUAUCGAAAACAAACAGAACUGCAACAACAAUACACCAUUAAAAAAUAAUGCCUAUACAAAUCAAAAAUUUUGAAAAAAAAAACGUAAAGUUAACAUUCUUAAAAAACGGAUAAAGAGACAAAUCAUAAGUAUAAAGUUUAAAUAUUUUUCAAGAAUUUAUUUUUUUUACACUUAAAAGGAAAGAGAAAUAUUUUAGACGUAAAUAUUAAAAGAGCGAUGAAAUUAUGAAUUAGUCUUUUGCUAAUGACGAGUGUAAAGAAGAAGGAUAACGAGAAAAAA